ACCCGCUCUUCUAUCCUUCAAGAUAAGCCUCUCAAUACAUUUACACAUUUGUAUCUCUUCACCUCCAUACUACUACUGGUUCAGGAGAAAUUUUGGCUGAUGGCUUCUGUUUGUGCUUCUGCUAUUGCAGCUGUUGCCAUCACUUCUUCCAGUUCCCAGAAGAGUGGAUCUUUUGUAGGAUCAACAAGGGGUUCUUUCCUUGGUGGGAAGAAGCUGAAUUUGAGAAAGUAUGUAGCACCAGCUGGAACACGAUCGGUUUCAGUGAGUGCAGCCGCCGCUGACCCUGAUAGACCUCUCUGGUUCCCAGGCAGCACUCCUCCACCAUGGCUUGAUGGCAGCCUUCCAGGAGACUUUGGUUUUGAUCCUCUUGGUCUUGGCUCCGAUCCUGAGACCCUAAGGUGGAACGUGCAAUCAGAACUUGUACACUGCAGAUGGGCAAUGUUGGGAGCAGCUGGUAUUUUCAUUCCAGAAUUGCUGACAAAGAUUGGAAUUUUAAAUACUCCUUCAUGGUACACUGCUGGAGAACUGGAAUACUUCACUGACACCACCACCCUCUUCAUUAUUGAGUUAAUUUUGAUCGGCUGGGCUGAGGGCAGACGGUGGGCUGACAUUCUGAAGCCAGGAUGUGUAAACACAGACCCAAUUUUCCCCAACAACAAACUCACCGGAACCGAUGUUGGUUACCCAGGUGGACUUUGGUUUGACCCUCUCGGAUGGGGAAGUGGCUCUCCUGAGAAAGUCAAGGAGUUGAGGACUAAAGAGAUCAAGAAUGGAAGGUUGGCCAUGUUGGCUGUAAUGGGCGCAUGGUUCCAGCACAUUUACACUGGCACUGGCCCCAUUGACAACCUCUUUGCCCACCUUGCUGAUCCUGGUCAUGCCACUAUUUUUGCUGCUUUCACCCCAAAGUGAGCUAAUUGAGCAAGGGAGAUAACUGCCUUUUAAGUGUGGGAGAAAGAUUGAUGAAAAUUCACUUCACAUCAGGAGGUUGAAAAGAUUGUGUAAUUUUUCUUAGUGAAGUUGUAUUAAUUGCUCUGUGGAUUGUGUUUUAUAGAAUGGUCCUGCGAUGUACAUAUAGCUCUCUGAACUAAGAUGCCAUGAAUAUAAAUUCAGGUGAAAACCCAAAAUUUCUCUGCAAA